AGCGUUAUAUCAAAAUGGCGACCCGCAUGGCGAGUCGUGUUUGGAAAAGAGGAUGCCAAAGGUUAAAGAGCAGCCCAAAAUGUCGGAGUUUCUGCAGCAGCACUCCUGGGGCAGACAUCACCUCUGUGCCACUGUCCAAGCCCCUACCGAACAUGCCCCUCCCUCAGUAUGCCUCUGUUGGGGGGUCAUCAGCUGACACUCAGGUCACGGUACUCAACAACGGCCUCUCAGUGGCGUCACAGAACAAAUUUGGACAAUUCUGUACAGUAGGAGUUGUGUUGGACUCAGGGUCAAGAUACGAAGUUGCUUACCCCAGUGGGGUCUCCCACUUCCUGGAGAAACUAGCUUUCUGUUCAACAACAGAAUAUGAAAAUCGGGAUCACAUUCUGCAAGAACUUGAGAAGCAUGGUGGAAUAUGUGACUGUCAGGGGUCAAGAGACACGCUGAUAUACGCGGCCUCGGCAGAAACAACAGGACUGCCAGCUGUCAUGAACAUUCUGUCGGAGGUCGUCCUGCGCCCCAACAUAACAGACAAUGAGCUUGAAGACUCCCGGGUGGCGAUAUCAUUUGAACUGGAGAAUCUCAACAUGCAGCCCGACCCCGAGCCCCUGCUGAUGGAGCUUAUCCAUGCUGCCGCCUUCCGAGACAACACUGUAGGUCUGCCCAGGUUCUGUCCCACUGAGAACAUCGCGGUCCACACCCGGAGCAGUCUGUACACAUACCUGAAGAACUUCCACAGCCCCAGGAGGAUGGUGGUGGCAGGUGUGGGGAUGGACCACCAGCACCUAGUGCAGCUCACACAGGAAUACUUCGUCAACAGGAAGUCCCCCAUCUGGGCCGAGCAUGUUGGGAUCAUCGACACCAACAAGGCGGAUGACAAGUCCGUGGCACAGUACACCGGGGGCAAUUUACAAGUGGAGAAAGAUUUAUCGGAUGUGAGUCUAGGGCCAACCCCGUUCCCUGAACUGGCGCAUGUUGUGAUCGGGUUGGAGAGUUGUUCCCAUCAGGACUCUGACUUCGUGGCCUUCUGCGUGCUCAACAUGAUGAUGGGGGGUGGGGGAUCCUUCUCUGCCGGGGGUCCAGGCAAAGGCAUGUACACACGGCUGUACCUUAACGUUCUCAACAGGUAUCACUGGAUGUACAACGCUACAGCCUUCAACCACGCCUACCAGGACACUGGCCUCUUCUGCAUCCACGCCAGCUCUCACCCCUCACAGUUGACUGAACUCGUGGAGGUCAUUGUCAGGGAGGUCGUCAACACCGCCGGCAAAGUCUUCCCGGAUGAGUUGGACCGAGCUAAGCGACAGGUCCAGUCUAUGCUGCUGAUGAACCUGGAGUCUAGGCCCGUGGUGUUCGAGGACAUUGGUCGACAGGUGCUGGCCAACGGCCAUCGCAAACCAGCCAAAUACUUCUACGAAGAAAUCAACAAGAUCACCGAGGAAGACAUCAGAAGAGUUGCUACCAGGAUGUUGCGAAGUAGACCUGCUGUAGCUGCCUACGGUUCUCUGUCACAGAUGCCGUCUUACGGGAACAUCGAGACUGCUCUGGCUAGCAAAGAUGGCCGCAUGCCAAGGAAAUUCUCACUUUUCCGCUCUUCAUGAUUGAAGAGUUCUGUAGUUCUAGACUUGAGAUAUUUACACCUGUGUCUCCAGACUGUCAAGAGGUAGUGGAGACACGCUCACGGCCAAAGAUGUGCGCACCUCAACAUGGUUUUAUUGGAAUGGAACACUGGAUGUUUUUUCUGUGAUUUAUGUCACAUGUGCUCCACUAAUCUUCAAUACAUUUGUAUGAAGUCUUUAUUUUAGUGAUAUUGUCAAGGGCAAAUAUCGUGACUGGUGUUUAUUUCAAACAUUUAUGUUUGUUUCUACAGUGUACCCUGUGUCUGUAUAUGUUCUUUGUAACAUUGGGAUUGAACCCAUGAUCAGCAGAUCCUGUCAGCUGUGGUACACAACUCUGCAAAUUGAUUAAGAAGACAAUUUUGCCAAUCAGUCCACCAGAUUUUGUAUUGUGAAUUUUGUGCUGUUCAUCUUUGUGCCCCUACUUGUCCCUGUAAUAUAUCAUGGACUUUCACAGAGACGAGAUGACACUGAACUGGGGCAUUUGCGAUGUCAGGAAAGGCAUUGUGAGACAACCUAAAUAAAAUUAUAUAAAAGUUAA